UCCAUGGCCAUUUAAUUAACGCUACCACUCAGUUAUUUUAAUUACUAGAUUAUGUAUUUGAAUCGCUCUCGACAAAUUGUGAGAUGUGGCUGUCGAUUCAGAUGUCUAGAACCAGGCUAACGUAUGCUAGCAGUGACUGUGAACGUCCUGCAGGUGUCGCUGCCAGCAGCCUGAUAAAGCCCCAUGUCAGCAGCAACACAGUGUGGGUGUCUGCUUGUCACCCAGGGGCCCUUUUUCAAUAGUAGAGGGAAGAAGAAGAGCCAUAGAGGAGGAAACCAGAAAGUAACUGUGUUGCAGACAUGGACCUGCGGUCUGAGCUGCUAAAGUCCAUCUGGUACGGUUUCACAGCCCUGGAUCUGGAGAAGAGCGGUAAAGUGUCCAAGUCUCAGCUGAAGGUGCUGUCCCACAACCUGUGCACAGUCUUGAGUAUCCCACAUGACCCAGUUGCUUUGGAGGAGCACUUCAGGGAUGAUGAUGAUGGUCCAGUUUCCAGUCAGGGUUAUAUGCCUUACCUCAACAAAUACAUCCUGGAUAAGGUUGUUGAAGGGUCUUUUAUUAAGGAAAACGUAGAUGAGCUUUGUUGGACUCUUACGGCAAAGAAAAACUACCAGACGGAUAAAACCAGCAACACUGUUCUGCCAGAGAAGGAUGCUUUUCGGCUUUGGUGCCUUUUUAAUUUUCUCUCUGAAGACAAGUACCCUUUGGUUAUGGUCCCUGACGAGGUGGAGUACCUCCUCAAGAAGAUAUGCAUGGCUAUAACUAUUGAGUUCAACUGUGUUGAAUUAGAGGACUUCUUCUCCCAAGAGUCAGUGCAACAGAACGGCAUUACUGUUUGGGUUUUUCUGGAGAUGAUGAACUCGGGGAAGAUAACCAGAGGAAUUGAUAAAAGCAUAAUCAGCAUGGCUAUAGAGGAAGUAUACAGGGAGAUAGUUGGUGAUGUCCUCAAAGAGGUAGGAGAUGCAUCUGCCACCAAAAGUGUGUGUUUUGGUUCCUGGCGUGCUCUACAUUGUGUCGGUGACAGUAUAUGUGUGUGUCGGUCGGGCUGCGUGCAGGGUUAUCUGUGGAAAAAAGGCCAGCUGAGGAGAAACUGGAAGGAACGCUGGUUCACCUUAAGGCCGAGCAACUUGUCCUACUACACCGGGGAGGACCGCAAGGACUGCCAGGGCAACAUAGUUCUGGAUGGGAACUGCUGUGUGGAGGUGCUGCCAGACCGGGAUGGGAAGAGGUGCAUGUUUUGUUUAAAAACCCUCUCCAAGACUUAUGAGAUGAGUGCCUCAGACACCAAACAGAGACAGGAAUGGACUACAGCCAUUCAAACAGCUAUCAGGCUGCACGUGGAAGGGAAAAAGUCGCUCCACAAAGAUUUGAAGCUGAAGCGGCGUGAACAGCGGGAGCAGCGGGAGAAGAGACGGCAGUCCAAGGAGGAGGAGCUGCAGAGGCUGCGGGCCCUGCAGGAGGAACGGGAGCGUAAGCUGGCGGAGCUGGACCUUCUGAAGGAGGCGCAAAAGCAGGCUCAGGCCCUCCUGGAGCAGGACGAGCAGAGGAGGCGCCAGCAGCACGAACAGCUCCAGCGGGCCCUGGAGGUUCAGCUGCGAGAAGCUGAGGAGGCCCGGGUCAGUAUGCAGGCAGAGAUGGCUCUGAAAGAGGAGGAAGCAGAGAGGCAGAGGAAGAGGAUCCAGGAGCUGGAGGAGAUGCAGAAGCGUUUGGAGGAGGCGCUGCAGCAGGAGAUCAAAGCCAGACUGGAUGAGGAGGCCUUCCGCUACGCUCAAGCAGGGUUACUGGCCGAGGAGGAGGAGAAAAUGAAGGCCUUGAUGGCUCUGCAGGAGGAACAGGAGGAGUACAUCCUGAAAACACAGAGGGAGAAGCAGGAGCUGAAACAGGAAAUGGAGGUCAAGUCCCGGGACCUGGAGGAGGCGCAGAGGCAGCUGGAGGAGGUCCGUGCCAACCGGCACAGGGUUGACCAGGAUGUAGUGGCUGCCCAGAGGAAACUUCGCCAGGCGAGCACCAACGUCAAACACUGGAACGUCCAGAUGAACAGACUGAUGCGACCAAUCGGACCAGGCGAGAAGAGACCAUCGUUGGGAAGCUCUUUCUCAGCCUUCCAGAUCCCGACACAGAGAGAUCCCGGGCUGCGUCUCAGAAGGAGAUCAGGAUCAGAGGAUAAGGAUGAGGAGAGCAAAGAAAAUGUUGACAACAGAGCUGGGUGUGAUUUAGAGAAACGCCACUCCCAUGCCUCUAAUGGAGACAUGGACAUCCCUUAAAAACAUGAAUCAGAGAGGCUGCGUAGGUCACUUCUAGUCGCUCUGUGAGAUUUUCUGACAGGAAGGGCAAGAGACGGCUGUCUAAUGUGUGAACAAUAUGAAAACAGUGGGACAUCUGCACUUAAAACUGAAUUUACAGUACUACCAUUUCUAUCAAAUGUUGAAUUCACUGACCUCAUUUCACAGACAGCAGCAGUUUAAAACAUUUUGAUGAGAAGUUGCUGUUGUGGAAUUCAGUGCUCAACUAAUGCUUUGACUGCAACCUGUGUGAGGCCUGUUCUGGGCAUAAAUGAUACCUCAGUGCAAAGAAAGUGAGCUGUAAGCAAGAUCCUGAAAGUACAAAAUAAGUUGUGAUUAUUUAAAGGCUAAUACUUACAUACAAUACAAUGAAGCUCAUUUGUUUAGCUCUGUAAUAUAGACACAUAACAAUGUUUAAUUUCUAUAUAUGUAUUUUUUGGGGUGAAGGGUGGCUUGACUUUUGUACCUAAAAAGCUGGUUCAGUAUUAGAGGUUACUGCAAUUUCAGUCGAAGAGAAUCACUCCUGACAAACAGGAAAGAGAGAGAGAAAGACAGAACUUCCUGUUUCUACUGUCAGUUAAUAUAAUUGUAAAUAAAGGAGUGAAUUGCCUUAA